GAGGAACUUUGAUCCGAGAUCGAACGAGGAGAUGGUGACAAUGCCAAAGAAGAGACCCUUCUGCAACGCUUUCACUGGAUGCGGCAGGAAGCGUUCCCAGACUGCUCCCGGAAUGCCAAACCAGGACCUGAUGCGCCAAAGACAGUACGUCGACGAAGACACUCUAGGCACAAUGCUGGACUCGGAAUCGGCCAUAGACGAACUAUCCCGCCAAAUUCUAUCCGAAGCGAAACUGUGGGAAGCUAUACAGGAGGCCAGCGCCGAAAUAGCGAGACGGAAACAAAAAGAAUUCUAUAAUUCACAAUAAAAAACGGAAAAAAAAACACAGCGACCGAUUUGCACGUAAAUGGCGAUAACGUAGCGUCUCUAAAAUAAUAUCUGUCAAUACUUUAAAGGAAGCCAUUUUGUUUUGACGUAUGGCGUUUAGUUAGUGAUUUUGCACUUGAUUUUU